AUGUUAGGAAGUAAACGUGAAGAAGAGUUAGAAGAAAAGCUCUACAUCGCUCUCAAUUCUGUCACAAAACUUUGUGAGAAAUGCAAGAAAUUACAGAACUUGUAUAAAAUACAUGUUAAAGAAUCCAAAAAGGAAAUCUUAACCUUACAGCGUGACUUGAAAAGGGUAAAUGAUGAUAUAACUCGAAUUACAGAAUAUAUGCAAGACGUAAUUGAUGAGUUCAAACAAUUGCGCUCUGAUGCGAAUAGUGUUUCAAAACUCAAAAUGGAUAUCGCUAAUCUCAAAGGACAACUCCAAUCCAAAAUAUCUGAACUGGACAGCAGUUACAUGCUAAGUCAAGGGAGGUGGAUGUACUAUAUUCGAGAAUCAGAUAUUGAGAAUAACUUAUCUUCAAAAAUAGAAGAGUUACGUACACUGAAAUCUUAG